UUUCGUCACGGCGCCGCCGCCGCCUCCUCCUGUUUUCCUUUCCGGCGGCCAUCUUCGUCCCUUUCCGCGUGCGCACGUCAGGCUCUGCGCUUUCCCGGCCGCAGCCCUUCAGCUCCUCGCCCUGCCCAGGUCGGGGCGCUUCCUUCUGAGAAGAUGAAAGAAACUAUCAUGAAUCAAGAAAAACUAGCUAAGCUUCAAGCUCAAGUGCGCAUCGGUGGGAAGGGUACUGCCCGUAGAAAGAAGAAGGUGGUUCACAGAACAGCAACAGCAGAUGACAAGAAGCUUCAGUUUUCAUUAAAGAAACUUGGAGUAAAUAAUAUCUCUGGUAUUGAAGAGGUAAACAUGUUUACCAACCAGGGCACUGUCAUCCACUUCAACAACCCUAAAGUUCAAGCAUCUUUAGCAGCUAACACUUUCACAAUCACAGGCCAUGCUGAGACAAAGCAGCUGACUGAAAUGCUGCCUAGCAUCUUAAACCAGCUUGGUGCUGAUAGUCUGACCAGUUUGAGGAGACUAGCAGAGGCUCUGCCCAAACAACCUGUGGAUGGAAAAGCACCUCUUGCUACUGGUGAGGAAGAUGAUGAUGAAGUUCCAGAUCUUGUGGAGAACUUUGAUGAGGCAUCAAAGAACGAAGCAAACUGAACUGCCACUUUGAGUAAAACUUGAACAUUACAUGGAGCUGCUAUUUUAUAUUGUGACUUUUUAUUUGUAACAUUUUUGUACUGAUCUUAAGAAGUCUAAGAUCUCUAAUUGGAAACUCCUUCAAAUUGCAGCUCUCUUCAGUUAUUGCUAGUGCACGGAGCAUUUAAUUAUUCACGGCUGGGUUGAAAAUACACAAAAUUGAAAAGUAUUACAUAAAAAUGCUAAUAAAGACUAAAUGUUUAGGCAAA